UUUGAAGAGUUUUUUCCGCGUGCGUGCGAGCGAAACAAGCAUGGUCUGGCGCGAUUAGUAUUCAAACGGAAGUAAAAGGAUGCAUCUACUUCCGUCCACCUCUGCCUCGGAUGAAACGGCAGAAUAGAUCCAGAGAAUGAAAGAGCACGCUGGGAAUCCGAGGUCUUAACGACCCUCGUUCAAAGACACCGAAGUUUUCGCGUCACUGCCCCGUAGUUCCCGGUGGGACAAGACCACUAAGAAAGCGACCCUAGACUAGUGUAGCAGAAAACCUUACUUACUUAUUUACAAAUACAAGCAAGAACGCCAGGCUGAGGGCAAAAUGAAUCCUCAGUGUACAAAAUGCGCAAAAACCGUGUACAGUCAGGAAAAGCUGAACUGCUUGGAUAAGAUUUGGCAUAAGACUUGUUUUAGGUGUGUUGUUUGCAACAUGGCCUUAAACAUGAAGAACUAUAAAGGAUAUAACAAGAAUCCAUACUGCAAUGCGCACUAUCCUACUCCUAAAUUCACAGCCGUCGCUGAUACUCCAGAGAACCUCCGUUUAAAAAAACAAACCGAUAAUCAAAGUUCGUUGAAAUAUCAUAAAGAAUACGAGCAAGAGAAAGGGAAAUUUACAGUCGUAGCUGAUGACCCAGAAGUUCUUAGGGCAAGGAAAAAUAGUGAGCAGGCGAGCAAGGUCGCUUACACGCAAGAAGCACGAAGGAUGCAAGGCCUAGCAGCCACGGUGCAAGAGGAGCUAUCAAAAUCGCACCAGCGUCCGUGUGACGAUCAGCCAGCAGCACCUUAUCAACCAGCCCCACUCCAGCAGGUGCCGCAACCUUCGUCUUCAAACAGCGCGCAAUAUCUUGUGAUGUACGACUAUAAUGCUGCGGACGACGAUGAAGUGAGCAUGGUGGAGGGAGAUAUCAUCGUUGAUGCAGAAAUCAUUGAUGAGGGAUGGAUGGUAGGACGCGUAAAACGUACCGGUCAAAGCGGCAUGUUACCGGCAAAUUACGUCCAGUUGAACAAUUGAUGAGCGGAACGGACCAUACGGAUACGGCAUAUUUCCCACGAACAGCGAACAGUCAACAGUUGAUAAAUGACGUGUUACUGUGGUACUCUGAUGAUCAUCUGCGGGGACAAGGCUAGUGUAUUGUACAAAUGGUAGAUGGCAGCGUCGUAGGCAGGAUUUUUAACAGGUGGGGGUCGAAAAGGGACCUUCAAGCCAUUUUCUCCUGUAUUUUAAAUAAUGUCUCAUACAUUUACUGUAUUUUUGGCUGCUAAAAGGGGGGCCCGGACCCCCUAGGCUACCCCCCUGGCUACGCCCCUGGAUGGUCAAAUCAUUUGAGCACUAUUAGAGCAUAGAAUGACACUUUUUUCCCAUUUACAUCAGACAAUAACAGUCAAUAGUCAUGAAUGCUUGUUGACUACAACAACCAAUGUCGAACCCAUUUUAUUGUAUUUAACUAAAGCAUGAAAUGACCAAACAUUUAUAAAAAAAAGUAUAUUUUCUUUUUUGCUAUCAACCAUGUCUUAAAUUGUUUUCACGUGUUAUAUUUUAUAUGGGUUUACAUAAACAUACAGAAUUUUUACAAUAAACAUUUGAGUGAUCUUC